GACGAGCAGAUGCUCGGGGCCAUGGAGGAGAGCCCGGCCUGGGAGCCCGAGGGCUGGGGCCCCUCUGGGAGGUGGCCGGCGCCCCGGGGGGCCAGAGCAGGCCCGACGCUGUCCUCGGUGCUGAAUGAACUGCCCAGCGCUGCUACCCUUCGGUACCGAGGCCCCGGGGUGCUGCCCUGGGGCGUGCUGGAGGAGGAUGAGGAUGAAGAGAGGAACAUCCAGGCCUUCGCAGAAGCCGCCCAGAAGGAGCUGCAGGACCCCGGCCCUUCCCGGGAGCUGCCCUGGCCCAUGCAGGCCCGACGGGCACACAGGCAGCUCCACGCCCGGGACCAAAUGGCUCAGGGGUCCGGGUCCAGAGUGGCCAACUGGGCCCUGCGGCUUCGGAGGUCCAAGGAGAAGAUGCGAGAAGCCUUGCACACCCUGGAGCCCUGGGGGUGGACACUGAAGAGGAUCGGGGGCCAGUUUGGCGCGGGCACCGAGUCCUACUUCUUGCUGCUGCGCUUCCUGCUGUUUCUCAACGUGCUGGCCUCGGUGCUGAAGGUCUGCAUGACGCUGCUGCCCACCUGGCUGGACGGCGGCCCCCCGGGCCCCCCGGAUCCCCCGCCCCCCUCUCCCAUCUGCAUCUCCGUCUCCAGGGCUGGGUAUCCCUGUGGGUGUCUGACCGCGGACUCUCUCUCUGGGUCGGUGGCUUCCCCUCUUCCUCCGCCAGGUGGCAGCUCGCCCAAUGCCACGGCUCAGGGGAGGGGGGAGGGGUCCUGGAACCUACAUUUCCAAGGGCGGAGGGGACUGAGGCCUAUGUCGCCUGGGAUCUUAGGGAGGAGGGUGGUGGCUUGGGUUUGGAGCUCAGACCAAGGGGUGCGGAAGGAACAGGCCGGGGGAACCCCCUCCAGCGUCGGGGCUCCUCCGGGACCCCAGCCUCUCCUCGCGGCCCCCUUUCCCUCCCAGAAGUUGCCCGUUGUCAGCCGGACGCGGCUGCUCCAGCUCGGGGUGGAAUACCUGCCGUCCAUCUUCAUCUCCGGGGUCAACCUGGUGCUGCCGCCCGUGUUGAAGCUCAUCACCCGGCUGGAGGGCUACACCAGGAGCCGCCAGAUCGUCCUCUUCCCGGUCAGGACCGUGUUUCUCCGUCUGGCUUCCCUGCUGGUCCUGCUCUUCUCUCUCUGGGAUCAGAUCACGUGCCGGGGCAAUGCCGAGGCCGAAAACUGCAAAGUCUGUGGCUACAAUUACAAAGCACUUCCGUGCUGGGAGACUCGGCUCGGGCAGGAGAUGUACAAACUCCUGCUCUUUGACCUGCUGACGGGCCUGGCCAUCAUGCUGCUCAUCCAGUUUCCUCAGAAGCUGCUCUGUGGUCUGUGUUCCGGGCCGCUGGGUCGGCUGGGGACCCAGGAAUUCCAGGUGCCCGACGAGGUGCUGGGGCUCAUCUACGCGCAGACAGUGGUCUGGGUGGGGAGUUUUUUCUGCCCGCUACUGCCCCUGCUCAACACGGCCAAGUUCCUGCUGCUCUUCUACCUGAAGAAGCUCACCCUCUUCUCCACCUGCUCCCCGGCCUCCCGCACCUUCCGGGCCUCCACGGCGAACUUCUUCUUCCCCAUGGUCCUCCUCCUGGGGCUGGCCAUCUCGGCCAUCCCUGUGCUGUACAGCAUCUUCCUGAUCCCGGCCUCUAAGCUGUGUGGUCCAUUCCGGGGGUACCGGUCCAUCUGGGACCAGAUCCCGGAGUCGAUUUCCAGACUCCCUCAGACCGCCCAGGACUUCCUUUUCUUCCUGGGGACCCAAGCUUUUGCUGUGCCCCUCCUGCUGAUCUCCAGCAUCCUGAUGGCCUAUACCCUGGCCCUGGCCAACUCCUAUGGAGGCCUCAUCUCCGAGCUCAAACGGCAGGUAGAGAAGGUGAGCCAGGCCGGGUCCCUGGGCAGGGGUCCUGGGGAGCGGAGACAAGGACCUGGGGGAGAGCAGCUGCCUCACCUCCACCUCUCUAAAAUCUUGCAGAAUGUUACUUUGCGCUUUAGGGAUUAG